AUGAUUAUCAUAAUUUAUACUUUUACGCAUUCAUUUGAAAGAGCAUAUGAGUGUUUAGAUGUUUCUGAACAUUCUUCUUCUUCCACUUUCAAUAAUAUAUCAAACGAUCCUCCAGGAAUAUCUGGAUUUUCCACUGGCUCUGGAAGAGGAAUUAAUCCUGUAUCAAAAGAAUCAAUGGAAAAAGCAUACAAAUGUUUGGAUGUUCCCACCAAUUUAUCAUCACCAUCUACUAAUUCCAAUAAUAAUCCUUCGGGAAUAUUUGGAUUCUCCACUGGCUCUGGAAGAGAAAUUAAUCCUUUAUCAAAAGAAUCAAUAGAAAAAGCAUACAAGUUUUUGGACAUUCCUACUGAUUUAUCAUCACCAUCUACCAAUUUCAAUAAUAUAUCAAAUAAUCCUUCAGGAAUAUCUGGAUUUUCCACUGGCUCUGGAAAAGGAAUUAAUCCUGUAUCAAAAGAAUCAAUGGAAAAAGCAUACAAAUGUUUGGACGUUCCUACUGAUUUAUCAUCACCAUCUACUAAUUCCAAUAAUAUAUCAAAUAAUCCUUCAGGAAUACCUGGAUUUUCCACUGGCUCUGGAAGAGGAAUUAAUCCUGUAUCAAAAGAAUCAAUGGAAAAAGCAUAUAAAUGUUUGGAUGUUCCCACCCAUUCAUUAUUACCAUCUAUUAAUUCCAAUAAUAUAUCAAAUAAUAUUUUGGGAAUAUCUGGAUUUUCCACUGGCUCUGGAAGAGGAAUUAAUCCUAUAUCAAAAGAAUCAAUGGAAGAAGCAUACAAGCAUUUGGAUGUUUCUGAACAAUCUUCUUCAAAUAUCAGACCUUUAAAAGAUAAUGAUAUAAAAAAUAAUAUAAAGAAAUCAAAAAAAAAUCGACAUUCAAUUAAAUAUGAUUCAAAUAUUUAUAAAUCACCAUCAAUCAAAUCUUCUCAUCAAUCUAAUUUAAAAUCAAGAACUCCACUCAAAUCAUUGCAUUCAUUACAAAAUAUUAAAAAUUCAAAUGUUAUGGGAAACUUGGUAUAUCAUCAUCCUUUGAAAUUUACUGAACAAAAUUUAUUAAAUUUUGAAAUACCAACAGAUGCUUUAUACAUAAAUCCAUCAAAUGCCACUCAUUAUAGAUUCACUUGGCCAAGACUUUUUUCAAAAUCAGAUUCCCAACCACAACAAAAAACAUGGGGCCCAAAUGAAGCAUUAUCAUGUUUAAUUGAAUGUGGUGCUAAUCCUAAAUUGAUAGAUGAACAAUGGGUGCUAAAUCAUUACAAAUGGAUAGUAUGGAAAAUAACUAGUAUGAUUAGAUCUUAUCCUUAUUUGUUUCGUGACUGGCUAUCAUCUGAUACAGUACUUGAUCAGUUAAGAUAUAGAUAUGAAAGAGAAAUAAAUCGUGCACACAGAUCUUCUAUUAAAUUAAUUGUAGAAGGUGAUACUUCACCAUCAUGGCCUAUUGUUCUUUGUGUAUCAGAUAUAAUUGAUGAUAAAAUUCCUAUUGAUUCAAAACUUUCACUUGAAUUGACUGAUGGCUGGUAUAAGAUUCAUGCAUGUAUUGAUCCACCAUUACAACGAGCUAUAAUGAAAUCCAAAAUAAAAAUUGGUAGCAAACUUGAAAUUUGUGGUGCAAAAGUUUAUGGAGAGUCUGUUGGCAAAACAUCAGUAUUAGAAGCAACAAAUUCCAUAUAUUUGAAAUUAUCAGGAAAUUCAACAAAACCAGCUCAUUGGGACUCCAAACUUGGGUUUGGAAAGUUUAGACCUUUUGCUUCAUUAAAUAGUCUUACCCCAGAUGGUGGGUUUAUUUUUGCCAUUGAUGUUGUGGUAAUGCGAAAAUAUCCUUUGAUGUACCGUGAAACAACUAAAGAUGGAAUAUAUAUCAUGCGUAACGAAAAAGGAGAAGAACUGGCUCAAAGAAAAUUUACAGAACAGAUGCAGGAAAAGGUGCUAUCCUUACUAGAAAUUUAUCAUAAGGUAGGAAUAGGCGGUGAUGAUUCAGCAAAUAAUAAUAUCAGGCAAAAACAAGCAAUAACUAAACAAUAUGUGAAUAGUCUCACAUCUGGAGAAGAAAUAUUUAAUUUAUUGCAUGAGAAUACUGAGGAUUCUAAUAGGAUAUUUGAAUAUUUGAGCUCUGAUCAGAUUAGAUGGUUAAAUGAUUGGCUGAAUAGAAAAAAGAUAAGAGAUUUAAAUGAAAAGAAUGAUUGGCUUAAUGAGCAGUUGGAAUCAAUGGAUUUGAAGUGUGUUCGCUCUGUUGUUCCAUUCUUUAAAGUACGUGUAUGUGAUUAUCAUGAAACUGUUGGAGAGGUUCAAUCCAGGGUUAAAAGAGAAGCAUUGAUCACCAUAUGGAGUCCUAGCAGUUCUUUAUAUGAUUCUAUUCGUGAAGGACAAAGAAAUCACAUAUAUUCAUUGAUGGUGGCCAAUAAUCAAUCAUAUGAUCCAAAUUUAUCAACAACAAUUCCUUUAAUACGUCUCACAUCAAUAGGACAUACAACAAUAUGGAGAGAACAACAAGCCAAUUUAAAUAAAAUCAGAAAUUCAUUAUAUAAUAUACGAGUUGUUACAAGUUGUGAUGAAUUAGAGAUGACGAUAAGGACAAAUCGUCAUCAUUAUCAAAAAGAGCAUGAUAUGGUAGUAAUUGUGUUAGUAGUUGGGGAAAUUGUGGAGAAGAUACAAUAUGGAAUCACUAUAGAAAUACAAACUGCAAUAGCUACAGAUACAAGUGGACAGCUUGUGUUCAUUGAAUUCAAUAAGUCAUUCUUUAUUAAUUUGAAUAAUUUAUUGAUACCAAAGUCUAUAUUGACCAUAAUCAACUUAAAGCAUACUGGUUAUGAUUCAAAUCAUCAAGUCCACAUACUUUCGACAUGUGAUGAGACAGGGAUCAGACAAUUUCCUCAUGAAGAUUACUUGAAGCAAGCUAAAUCAAGACUUGAAACUUGGGUCAAAGUCAAUGAGUCAGUUCUUAAUAACACAAACUAUAAAAGAGUUCUUACAAAUUCUAUUAACAAUAACUUUCCUAAAAAAGAACAACUUCUUAAGGCAAAACAUGACUGGGUAGCAGUACAUGUUUCUGUACGCAUACCUAUAAUUAAGACUUCUGAGAGAUCCGAAAGAAUAUUGUCUGAUGCAAAAUCCAAAGAACAUAGUAGAAUCCAAAAGACUACGUGUCAAGUAAGAUUCGAAGAAAAUAUGUCUCAUGAAGUAGGAUUUGAAAGACUACGUAAUAAAUAUAAAUCUAUUCUCAAAGAUUGGUGGAAAAUCUCAACAACUAUGAUGGUGGUUGUGAUAGAUACCACAAGCGAAGAGUCUGAUGAUAUCACUUUAGUAGAAUUUAACAGCUAUGAGAUUAAAAAUAAAAUCUCAAAUGUAAUCUGCGAUAACAUACAAAAUGAAGAAUUAGAUCCACAAGAUUUACUUCCUAAUGGCAUUAUUAAUCAUACUUUUUUACAAAAUUAUCAUAAAAGAUUGUUUGACCUCAUUGUGAAACAAAACUGUUUAAAUGAAUUAUUAUGGAGUAGAGUUGAACUACAUCGAUAUAAAAUGAAGUUGGCGAUUGAAGAAAAAAAUUUUAUAUGCAGAACGUUUUUGGCCCAACUGGAAUAUGCUUGGCAACUACCAUUAUAUGGGCAAAAAUCUCCAAAAAUUAACGAAUAUUCGUAUUCGCAUCAGACCUCAGUAACCAAUUAUGAUAUAAGGAUACUUGGUUCUUUAAAAUUUCAUACUAAAUUGAGAGCAUAUGAGUGUUUAGAUGUUUCUGAACAUUCUUCUUCUUCCACUUUCAAUAAUAUAUCAAACGAUCCUCCAGGAAUAUCUGGAUUUUCCACUGGCUCUGGAAGAGGAAUUAAUCCUGUAUCAAAAGAAUCAAUGGAAAAAGCAUACAAAUGUUUGGAUGUUCCCACCAAUUUAUCAUCACCAUCUACUAAUUCCAAUAAUAAUCCUUCGGGAAUAUUUGGAUUCUCCACUGGCUCUGGAAGAGAAAUUAAUCCUUUAUCAAAAGAAUCAAUAGAAAAAGCAUACAAGUUUUUGGACAUUCCUACUGAUUUAUCAUCACCAUCUACCAAUUUCAAUAAUAUAUCAAAUAAUCCUUCAGGAAUAUCUGGAUUUUCCACUGGCUCUGGAAAAGGAAUUAAUCCUGUAUCAAAAGAAUCAAUGGAAAAAGCAUACAAAUGUUUGGACGUUCCUACUGAUUUAUCAUCACCAUCUACUAAUUCCAAUAAUAUAUCAAAUAAUCCUUCAGGAAUACCUGGAUUUUCCACUGGCUCUGGAAGAGAAAUUAAUCCUGUAUCAAAAGAAUCAAUGGAAAAAGCAUAUAAAUGUUUGGAUGUUCCCACCCAUUCAUUAUUACCAUCUAUUAAUUCCAAUAAUAUAUCAAAUAAUAUUUUGGGAAUAUCUGGAUUUUCCACUGGCUCUGGAAGAGGAAUUAAUCCUAUAUCAAAAGAAUCAAUGGAAGAAGCAUACAAGCAUUUGGAUGUUUCUGAACAAUCUUCUUCAAAUAUCAGACCUUUAAAAGAUAAUGAUAUAAAAAAUAAUAUAAAGAAAUCAAAAAAAAAUCGACAUUCAAUUAAAUAUGAUUCAAAUAUUUAUAAAUCACCAUCAAUCAAAUCUUCUCAUCAAUCUAAUUUAAAAUCAAGAACUCCACUCAAAUCAUUGCAUUCAUUACAAAAUAUUAAAAAUUCGUCACCUCAAUCUAAUAAAAAUAAUGACAACAAUAAAAAAAAAUAUAAAAAAAAUAUAAAAUCUUCAUCUUUAUCAUCACAGACAACAAUCUCUUCGUCAAUCAAUAAUAAUGAUGAUGAUGAUAAUAACAUUGGCACCAAAUUCUUUGAAUUAUCAUCAUCUGUACCUAGAAAUGUUAUGGGAAACUUGGUAUAUCAUCAUCCUUUGAAAUUUACUGAACAAAAUUUAUUAAAUUUUGAAAUACCAACAGAUGCUUUAUACAUAAAUCCAUCAAAUGCCACUCAUUAUAGAUUCACUUGGCCAAGACUUUUUUCAAAAUCAGAUUCCCAACCACAACAAAAAACAUGGGGCCCAAAUGAAGCAUUAUCAUGUUUAAUUGAAUGUGGUGCUAAUCCUAAAUUGAUAGAUGAACAAUGGGUGCUAAAUCAUUACAAAUGGAUAGUAUGGAAAAUAACUAGUAUGAUUAGAUCUUAUCCUUAUUUGUUUCGUGACUGGCUAUCAUCUGAUACAGUACUUGAUCAGUUAAGAUAUAGAUAUGAAAGAGAAAUAAAUCGUGCACACAGAUCUUCUAUUAAAUUAAUUGUAGAAGGUGAUACUUCACCAUCAUGGCCUAUUGUUCUUUGUGUAUCAGAUAUAAUUGAUGAUAAAAUUCCUAUUGAUUCAAAACUUUCACUUGAAUUGACUGAUGGCUGGUAUAAGAUUCAUGCAUGUAUUGAUCCACCAUUACAACGAGCUAUAAUGAAAUCCAAAAUAAAAAUUGGUAGCAAACUUGAAAUUUGUGGUGCAAAAGUUUAUGGAGAGUCUGUUGGCAAAACAUCAGUAUUAGAAGCAACAAAUUCCAUAUAUUUGAAAUUAUCAGGAAAUUCAACAAAACCAGCUCAUUGGGACUCCAAACUUGGGUUUGGAAAGUUUAGACCUUUUGCUUCAUUAAAUAGUCUUACCCCAGAUGGUGGGUUUAUUUUUGCCAUUGAUGUUGUGGUAAUGCGAAAAUAUCCUUUGAUGUACCGUGAAACAACUAAAGAUGGAAUAUAUAUCAUGCGUAACGAAAAAGGAGAAGAACUGGCUCAAAGAAAAUUUACAGAACAGAUGCAGGAAAAGGUGCUAUCCUUACUAGAAAUUUAUCAUAAGGUAGGAAUAGGCGGUGAUGAUUCAGCAAAUAAUAAUAUCAGGCAAAAACAAGCAAUAACUAAACAAUAUGUGAAUAGUCUCACAUCUGGAGAAGAAAUAUUUAAUUUAUUGCAUGAGAAUACUGAGGAUUCUAAUAGGAUAUUUGAAUAUUUGAGCUCUGAUCAGAUUAGAUGGUUAAAUGAUUGGCUGAAUAGAAAAAAGAUAAGAGAUUUAAAUGAAAAGAAUGAUUGGCUUAAUGAGCAGUUGGAAUCAAUGGAUUUGAAGUGUGUUCGCUCUGUUGUUCCAUUCUUUAAAGUACGUGUAUGUGAUUAUCAUGAAACUGUUGGAGAGGUUCAAUCCAGGGUUAAAAGAGAAGCAUUGAUCACCAUAUGGAGUCCUAGCAGUUCUUUAUAUGAUUCUAUUCGUGAAGGACAAAGAAAUCACAUAUAUUCAUUGAUGGUGGCCAAUAAUCAAUCAUAUGAUCCAAAUUUAUCAACAACAAUUCCUUUAAUACGUCUCACAUCAAUAGGACAUACAACAAUAUGGAGAGAACAACAAGCCAAUUUAAAUAAAAUCAGAAAUUCAUUAUAUAAUAUACGAGUUGUUACAAGUUGUGAUGAAUUAGAGAUGACGAUAAGGACAAAUCGUCAUCAUUAUCAAAAAGAGCAUGAUAUGGUAGUAAUUGUGUUAGUAGUUGGGGAAAUUGUGGAGAAGAUACAAUAUGGAAUCACUAUAGAAAUACAAACUGCAAUAGCUACAGAUACAAGUGGACAGCUUGUGUUCAUUGAAUUCAAUAAGUCAUUCUUUAUUAAUUUGAAUAAUUUAUUGAUACCAAAGUCUAUAUUGACCAUAAUCAACUUAAAGCAUACUGGUUAUGAUUCAAAUCAUCAAGUCCACAUACUUUCGACAUGUGAUGAGACAGAGGUCAGACAAUUUCCUCAUGAAGAUUACUUGAAACAAGCUAAAUCAAGACUUGAAUCUUGGGUCAAAGUCAACGAGUCAAUUCUUAAUGUUUUUGAAUCUAAUGCUCAAAAUUUAUAUAAAUCAUUUUCAUCCUGCUCUUCUAUUUAUUAUAAUUAA